AUGGAAGAUAUAUCUCUUGAAGACGCUAAAAGUCAUCCCUUCUUUCAACAAAUUCAAAAACUCAAUGUUACAUACCAAAGGUUUUUAGAUCAAUCAACACCUCAUGUCAAAUAUAGAUGGUCUGGGUUUGCAGUUUUAUUUUUGACGUUCUUCACUCGUAUAGUCACUGCUCAGGGAUGGUACAUCAUAUGUUAUGGUUUAGGUAUAUACCUAUUGAAUUUAUUCUUAGCUUUUUUACAACCAAAAUUUGACCCUUCCAUUGAACAGGAACUACAAGAUGAUUCUAUAGAAGCCGGUGAAAUGACACAAGAAUUCAAACCAUUUAUCAGAAGACUAUCAGAAUUCAAGUUCUGGUACCGCGCUACUGUUGCUACUUCACUAUCUUUGUUUUUGUCAUUAUUCACUAUAACUGAUGUUCCUGUGUUUUGGCCAAUUCUUUUGAUGUAUUUUAUUAUAUUAUUUUCAUUAACAAUGAGAAGACAGAUUCAACACAUGAUAAAAUAUAAGUAUUUACCAUUUGAUAUUGGUAAAAAGAAGUAUGGUUAUAAAUGA